CUCUACUCGAACUCAACUUUAGCUGCGAAGAACAGCUUUGACGGGGGGGACAGUAGCAAGGAGCCAGAGACACAGACGUGCUCACCGGAAUUCGAGCAAACAGCCGCCGAUCGUCAGCUGGUCCGAAUUUUCGAUCUUGUCUCCGUCUGAACCCCAGGUUAUCUGACACUCGCCUGAAAACUUCCCGGAGAUAAGAACAAUUGUUCCCGUGAUGGGAUUUGGCAUUUGUCCACUGGAAACCCCGACGAGAUUGCUGUGGAGUACUAGCUUCUUUCGUCACAAGGUCAUGAUCUUCUGAGAAUUAAGAAGAUAAAAAGACCAGAGUUUGGGGGUUGUGGAGUUUGCUUUUCGCCGGAAAAAUCAUCCACGAGGAAGAACUCUCCGACGAUCCGAGAUACAAAGAUAUACACUAAGUUAUCUUUUAUGGAUUCCGGCCGUCUAUUCUUUGAUGCCUCCUGCCAUGGGAACAUGUUACUCCUUGGAAGCGCAGAUCCCCAUCUCCGAGAGUCAAGAUCGGUGCUGAACAUGGAGGAAAACUCAAGGAGGCACCUUUUUUUCAGCUCGCCGGACGAUCUGCUAGAUGAAGAAUAUUACGACGAACAGUUGCCGGAAAAGAAACGCCGCCUCACUCCCGAGCAGGUUCACCUGUUAGAGAAGAGCUUCGAGGCGGAGAACAAGCUGGAGCCGGAGAGAAAGACCCAGCUCGCCAAGAAGCUCGGUUUACAGCCGAGACAAGUCGCUGUUUGGUUCCAAAAUAGACGAGCUCGUUGGAAGACUAAGCAGCUCGAAAGAGAUUACGAUCUUCUCAAGUCCUCUUACGAUUCACUCCUCUCAGAUUAUGAAUCCGUUGUCAAGGAGAACGAAAAGCUCAAAUCCGAGGUGAUCUUCUUGAAUGAUAAGCUGCAGGCUAAAGAAGCGGCGGGAGAGGUGGUGGUGGUGGGGCAGAAAGCCGACCCACCCCUUUUGGCUGCUUCCAACGGUGAAGCAGUCUCUGUAACCGUAAAGAUGGAAGACCGGCUGAGCACUGGCAGUGGGGGAAGUGCAGUAGUGGACGAGGAUGCCGGUCUACAGCUAGUGGACAGCGGGGAUUCCUACUUCCCGGACGACGAAUAUCAAGAUUGCAUGGGCCCUAUCGAUGGCAUGCAAUCGGAGGAAGACGACGGCAGCGACGAUAACCGGAGCUACUUCUCCGACGUCUUUGCUGUUGCUGAACAGCAACACCACGAAGCGGGCGAGGCGUUGGGUUGGUGGGUCUGGUCUUAAAUCUUCUUCGACAGAAACACAGUAACUUUUAUGUACUAUAUAUGUUCGUUCUUAUGUCGUGGACGUGGAGUAGUUGUCUGUCAUGUUUAGGGCUUUAAGUUUAAGCUCGUAUUGUCUUCUCCCUCUGUUACUUUACAAAUUACAAUCACAAUCUCUCUCUCUCUCUUUCACACAAAUUAUGGACGUGGGAGAAAUUAAAAUUAA